AUGGCAUCAACAUUGCGUUCAGCUGCUUCUGUACGUACUGGUGUUUCAGGUGGUGCACGAUCUGGUGGUCAGGUAUCAGGUUUAGCUCGAAAAACAGCACCAGCCGUAACACGACCCAUUCGUACUUUACCUAAACUUAUUGAAAAUAAUCAAGAUGUUACACCAAAACGUCUUAUUGAUCCAGAACAAUUUUUUAGUAAAGUUAAAGAUUCUUUUCUUACACAAGAUGUUUCAUCAACUCCAAGUGAAGCUGCUUAUUCAACAGCUCAACAACAAGUUUUUUCUGCAACGAAAUCAAUGAUAGGUGUUAGCCAUGGUGGAGCACUUAAUUCACAUGGAACUGAAGCAGAAAGUUUUCCGUCAGAACAAGAAACUGAUCAACUUGCUCAAAGUAUAGCUAUGUAUAGCGCUGAACAAGCACAUUCAUUAAUGUCAUUAGAAGGUGAAAUAUCACAACCAUUAUUAACUCUUAGUGAAACAGAAACAAUAUUUAUUUUAAGUUUGGAUAGCUCUAUUGUUGCUAAUGAUUCAAAAGAUAUAGAAAUAAUAAAACAUGAAAAUGAACGAUAUGUUGAAUUAUGUAAAAGUAAACAAGGUAGUGAUGUAUUUAGUGAUCGUGGUAUGAAUACAUUCAAUAGUAGUGUUAAAAAUAAAGAAGUUCAAUGUGAACGAUUAAGUUCUCAAAGUCGAGAAGCAUAUGCAUCAACUGCAGAUAUGUAUGAUUCAGAAAGAGGUGAAAUUAUACUUGCUAAAGGUACUCAUGAAACACAAACAAUCGAUGAUGGAACUAUGCGUCUAGAUCAAACACGUUCUUUAAGUGCUGGAGUAGAUAAAUCACAUGGAACACGUCUUUCGGAUCAAUCAAUGGAUGAAACGAUGCGAAAACCAGCUGCAACGAAAACUGCAAGUGAGGAAGCAAAAGUUCCAGAACCUUUUGAUUCAUCGAAAAUUGCUUCAUGUGUAUUUAUUAUGGAACGAGUACUUAAUUUGAAUACUAAUCAAACAAAACAAGCUAUUUAUCGAGGAUUAACACCUUUGGUAGUCAAAGAAGAAAAAGGAACAACUUAUAGUGGUUUAGCACUCGAUAAAUUAUUUGCUUAUUCUGCUGAAAUAACAAGUAACAAAAAUGUUAGUGCAUUAGCAUGGAAUCGAAAAAAUUCAGAUUUACUUGCUGUUGGCUAUGGUCCUUUUGAAUAUAAUGAUCAACGUGAUGGUUUAGUCUGUUGUUGGACUUUGAAAAAUCAAGACUAUCCUGAACGAUAUUUUCAUACAUCUGCUGGUGUAACAACUGUAGCAUUUUCUGUUAAAUUUCCAUCAUUAUUAGCGGUUGGUCUUUACGAUGGUACAGUAAAUGUAUAUGAUGUUCAAAAUAAUAAUGAUAAGCCAUUGCUUGAUACAGAAGAAUCAUUGGGAAAACAUACAGCACCUGUAUGGCAACUCUAUUGGGUAGAAGUUGAAAAAGGUCGUGAUGAUGAUACAGGCGAAGUGCUUAUGUCGAUUUCGACCGAUGGUCGAGUUACUCAAUGGUUAUUACGUAAAGGCUUUGAGUCAAAUGAUUAUAUGAAAUUAAAACGUAUUUUGAGUAAACAAACAAUACAAAAACGUGAAACUGGAAAAGAUACGAAAGCUUCAAAAUCUGAAAAUUUACUUUUUCGUACUUCUGGUGGUCUUUGUUUUGAUGUCUGUCCAGAUGAUAAAACAAUAUAUUUAUGUGGGACUGAAGAAGGUCUUAUUCAUCGAUGUUCUGUUUCAUAUAACGAACAAUAUUUAGAUACUUAUUCUGGACAUACAGGUCCAAUUUAUCGGAUAGCUUGGAGUCCUAUUGCAAAAGGUGUUUUUCUUUCAUCAUCAGCUGACUGGACAGUAUCACUUUGGACAGUUGAUCGAUAUCAACCAUGUAUCACAUUUGCAUCGAGAAAGAAACCAGUAUUUGAUAUUUGUUGGUCACCAAAAUCAGCGACAAUAUUUUGUUGUGCCAAUGAAGAAGCUGUAGAAAUAUGGGAUUUAUCAAAAAAUACACUUGAACCAAUCAAUGUCAUAUUAGCUACUCAACAAUAUAUAUUUACUUCAAUAACAUAUGCACCAAAUUCUGAAUGUGUUCUUGCUGGUACUAGUAUUGGUUCAGUUAUGGUAUAUCAUUUAAAAAAUCUUCCAACAGUAACAACAGCAAAUGAUUUAAUGGAUAUAAUCGAACAACAAACAAAUAAUUUACCUCCACCAGAAGAUACAUCAUCAACAGUUGCUUCUAAUGUAGCUGUAAAAGAAACUGGUACAACAAUUCAAGGAAAAACAUAA